UCUUAAGUGGGCAACUACAGUAUAACAAUUCCAUCCAUAUCAUACAUAAAAUUUGCCCAAAAAUAAAUUCGCCAAAUAAAAAAACCAUAUUACCGACCUGGUAAACAGUACGAUCUUCGCCUCGUACACGCUUCAUUGAGCAAAGCAGCAUCAUCAUCGGAGCGAAGCGGAAAUAAACCUCUCCCUCGCGUAAUUGCUUUUGCUGCACAAAACAGCCCCCCAACAUACACGAGGGGGCUGUGUACUAGGACAGAACGAGACAACGCGACGGAUGCACCCGAAGCGGAAAGAGCGAGCAAAAGCAACUGCGUCUCCAUGGAUGGGUGCGGCGACUGCGCGUAACUGUUGAUUUUCUUCUCACCUCAGCAACCCGGGAGGAAGCUUAUAAAACCAGGCACCAGCGGCACCGGACGAGCAUUCUCUCAUCGGUUUGGAAAGCAUCCUGAACAGCUUUUACCAAGCGCGAGGAACCGUUACAGUCGUGUACCCAACAGUUUUGUGAAUUUUGUGUGUGUAGCUGCCAGCAUUUCAACUCUUCAACAUGCGUGAGUGCAUUUCCGUACACGUUGGACAGGCCGGUGUGCAGAUCGGUAAUGCCUGCUGGGAGCUGUACUGUCUGGAGCAUGGCAUCCAACCGGACGGUCAGAUGCCGUCGGACAAGACCAUCGGCGGUGGAGACGAUUCGUUCAACACCUUCUUCUCGGAGACCGGUGCCGGCAAGCAUGUGCCGCGUGCCGUCUUCGUCGAUCUGGAACCGACGGUAGUGGAUGAGGUGCGUACCGGUACGUACCGCCAGCUGUUCCACCCGGAGCAGCUGAUCACCGGCAAGGAGGACGCCGCGAACAACUACGCCCGUGGUCACUAUACCAUCGGCAAGGAGAUCGUCGAUCUGGUGCUGGACCGCAUCCGCAAGCUGGCCGACCAGUGCACGGGUCUGCAGGGUUUCCUGAUCUUCCACUCGUUCGGUGGCGGUACCGGUUCCGGAUUCACCUCGCUGCUGAUGGAGCGUCUGUCGGUCGAUUAUGGCAAGAAGUCGAAGCUCGAGUUUGCCAUCUACCCGGCGCCGCAGGUUUCGACGGCCGUCGUGGAACCGUACAACUCGAUCCUGACCACGCACACCACGCUGGAACACUCGGACUGCGCGUUCAUGGUCGACAACGAGGCCAUCUACGACAUCUGCCGCCGCAACCUGGACAUCGAGCGACCGACCUACACCAACCUGAACCGUCUGAUCGGUCAGAUCGUGUCGUCGAUCACUGCCUCGCUCCGGUUCGAUGGUGCCCUGAACGUCGACCUGACGGAGUUCCAGACGAAUCUGGUACCGUACCCGCGUAUCCACUUCCCGCUCGUUACCUACGCACCGGUCAUCUCGGCGGAGAAGGCCUACCACGAGCAGCUGUCGGUGUCGGAGAUCACCAACGCUUGCUUCGAGCCGGCCAACCAGAUGGUGAAGUGUGAUCCGCGCCACGGCAAGUACAUGGCCUGCUGUAUGCUGUACCGGGGUGAUGUGGUGCCGAAGGACGUUAACGCGGCCAUCGCCACCAUCAAGACCAAGCGCACGAUUCAGUUCGUGGACUGGUGUCCGACCGGUUUCAAGGUUGGCAUCAACUAUCAGCCACCGACCGUCGUGCCGGGUGGUGAUCUGGCCAAGGUGCAGCGUGCCGUGUGCAUGUUGUCCAACACGACCGCCAUCGCGGAGGCGUGGGCCCGUCUCGAUCACAAGUUCGAUCUGAUGUACGCCAAGCGUGCGUUCGUCCACUGGUACGUCGGCGAGGGUAUGGAGGAGGGUGAGUUCUCGGAGGCGCGUGAAGAUUUGGCCGCCCUCGAGAAGGAUUACGAAGAGGUCGGCAUGGAUUCGGGCGAUGGCGAAGGUGAGGGUGCUGAAGAGUACUAGGCGGACAGAUCUGCAGUGCAGCUCCCUGCCAAUGAGUCGAGCUUCGAUCCGAAGACGAAAUGCCGGUUUUCUCCAUUUUGAAGCACAAAUUCAAAAUUCCCAGAAGAAGUUGGUGUGCAUUUUAAACUAAUUUAUUAUCUGUUCACGCAAUAAACAUGCCCAUAAAAGCAA